ACUUACAAAGGGUUUGGUUCUUGAGUUCCAAGGAAUCGAUCCUCACUCCAAACUUCAAUAACUGCUUGAAUUCAAGAACUUGAUCCAUCUGAACGCUUGUCAUAGACCUUGCCUAUAUAUCUCUCCAGUUGUCUAAUCCUAAAAUAUCUUGACUUGGUAUGACUCUUUUCUCUUUGGUUUCCUUGUUUUGCAAGUUUCUGCUUAGCUUCUUGAUGAGUGCAGUGACUAUAAUGUUGCUUGCUUUGUAGAGGCUUCAUGGUCACCCAAAGAUGGUGUAAAACGCAAGAUCACCUUUGCCAUAUAGAGUAUGUGGAGACAAAGUAACGCCUGGGCGUGACCAAGAGAGAAGCAAGAAAAAGCUGAAACCGAGUUUGCAACAUAGAUCUUAACGAAUGCAAUAAUUUCCAAGAAGCUCACUCUACGGUUAGAUGGAUAACAAAUCGCUCUUUUGUUGAUGUGAAAAUGGGUCAAGUACCAACUUAAAAAGACGUUACAUGAACUACUACUAUUCGAUUGAAAAAUUCAUUCGGUCUUGGUCAAGAAUCUAUUCUAUUAAAAGAGAAGUCAUGACUCUUUUAAUGUGUGAUUUUUUAAAAAUGGACCACCACUAGAAAUCCUUAACAAUUUAAUUUGACCUAUCAUUAAUAUAACUAAUUAAUUUAAUGAUACCCCCAUAAUAUAAACAUCCAUCGAGGUUUAUGUACCUUUAUAUUCAUAUUCACCAAAUAGAACGUGCAUUGUCAUACUCAUAUAAAAAUGUAAUGAACAUUGUCGUAUAAUUUUAUCUUUGAAAGUUGAUCUAGAGUCAUAUAUUGCAACUGAUAAACAUUUUCAUAGUUUUUGAUCUUGAUCUAGAGUCAUAUAAUUCAUGUCUCUGUCAUUUUCCUUAGUUUACACAUUCAAAUAAAGUUUACACUAUGUACAUGUAGAGAGUAACAUCCAUGAUUUAUAGUGGCACUAUGUACAUAUUUGUACCAAAAUUUGAUCGGUUCAUAUUUCAACAAUGAUGUGUUAAACUUCGUUUACCAUUGAUAUGCAGAAAUUUCUUCCAUAUAUUCAUGCAUAUUGCUCAAUUCAUAUAUUUCUGAAAAUUGAAAACAUUAUUUUUAAAUGUCGUUAGCCUUGAAUUACAAUAUUGCUAUCUUUGACAUGAGAAAUAUCAUCACUUUCUAAACCAAACACAGUAAGCAUUUGGAGAAGAUGAAGAUGGUGAAUUACAUGAAAAUUAAAAAUCUAAUAUAUUCUGGUCAUAAGAUAUGGGAAUCUUUAGUUUUCAAAGAAAAAAAUUAUAUCGUACAUAUAAAAGUCCAAUAACUACAAACCAUAAAUAUCGCAAUAAUAUCCAUAUUUUAUAAAACUAAAAUGUUGAAAGUAAAUAAAAUCUGUUCAAAUCUAACACAAAUAUCGUAAAGGAUAUAUACUCUCAUUUACCGAAUUUUCAAGUUGGUAAGUAACUAAUACAAAAUGUUUAUAUUUCACGUAUAGUAAUAUUUUUUUCAAUUGCAUUAAAUGUGAAUAUAUUCCUAGAUUUAAAAUAAAAUUAUCCUUAUUACUUAUAAUUUUUAAUAGGGUAUUUAUUUGUAAAUAUUUUAUGUAAAUAAUAUACGAGUUAAAUAUAAAAUAGUUAACAUAUUUAUUGAAAUAAAUCUAUUUUAAUUCUCCUAAUAUUCAAAUUCAAACAAAAAAUAAAUAUAUAAUAACAAGUUAUAAUACAAUUGACGGUGUGAAUUGGAUCUAGCAUGAUAAAAAUGUAAACUAUAAAAUUAUAAAAAAUUAAAAAUCAUAUGUAAAUUUAAAAAUAUGGUUAAUGUGUAUAGAUAUACUAUUAAUGAUGUAAAAACAAAAUUUCAACAUAUAUAUAUAUAUGUCAAAAUAAACAUCCGCACGGUUGUGCGGGUCAAUAUCUAGUUAAAUAAAUUAAAGUUGUUUCUAUUCCGGUUAAAAAGCUAAAAAUUCUCCACUAUAACAUGAUGAGAAUAUGUAUGUGAUGGAAUCGAUCUUGCGAACAUAUACUAAUCGAAAGGACAUGAUUAAAACGGGACCCUCAUUGCACAAAAGAAGUCUCAAGAAAAUGGCACCCAAAAACACAAACCUUCUUUAAUCAUGUCUAAAUCAUUUCACGCAAUACUCUAUUGUUUAUUCAAAUAAUAAACCAAAUUCUUUCAUCCAAUUUGUCGAGUUUUUGGUAUUGAUUCGUUACAACUUACUUACAAGCGAAUGUUUAUAUGCCAAUUGACAUGUCAUAAUUAAGAUUAUCGAGUUCUAAGCUUAUCUUGGUUUGCAUUAUCCGUUCUAGACAUAUCCACAUAUAUCUUAGAGACCCAAACCAUUAAUACAAAAUAAUGUUAAAAAUCGCUAUAUAUAUACAGUAAUUAACUAGACGUUUUAUAUGAGAUUAGUGUAGGUUAGACACUGCCUAGACCGAGAUUCUUAAAAAUUGUUAUAGAAAAAUUGUUUUGAAUAUGACAAAUUUACGGUUUAGCCGCCUAUACCAGUUUUUGAAACUGGGGAUAAUAAAUUAAAGUUAAACACUAGGAAUAUACAAUAAAAGCAAGAACCAUUUGAAAACAAUCACAAAGAACAUCAAAAAGAAUAAAAGUAUGAGAAUGCUCUUUCUCUUCUCUCUCUUGUUCUUCCUCUUCUUCCACUCAUCAUCCUCCUCAAGAUCAUCAUCAGAAUCUCACAUCUUCAUCUACGGUGGAUGUUCACCGGAAAAAUACACACCAAACACUCCUUUUGAAUCAAACCGCGACACUUUCCUCUCCUCCGUCGUCACUUCCUCCUCCGAAGCCUCUUUCAACAGCCUCGCCGUCGGCAACGACUCUUCCUCCUCCUCCUCCUCGUCAGCCGCUGUCUUCGGUCUUUAUCAAUGCCGCGAAGAUCUCCGACACUCUGACUGCUCAAAAUGUAUCCAAAACUCCGUCGACCAAAUCACUCUCCUAUGUCCUUACUCUUACGGUGCUUCUCUCCAGCUCGAAGGCUGUUUCUUACGCUACGAGACAAACGACUUUCUUGGGAGACAAGACACGAGUCUUAGGUACAAGAAGUGUAGUACCAAGAGCGUUGAGAAUGACUAUGACUUCUUUAAACGGAGAGACGAUGUGUUGUCGGAUCUUGAGUCGACUCAACUAGGUUACAAAGUGAGCCGGUCCGGUUUGGUGGAAGGUUAUGCUCAGUGUGUUGGUGACUUGAGUCCUAGUGAUUGUACGGCUUGUCUGGCGGAAUCUGUUGGGAAGUUAAAGAAUCUUUGUGGCUCUGCGGUUGCAGCUGAGGUUUACUUGGCUCAGUGCUAUGCUCAUUACUGGGGUUCUGGUUACUAUGACUUCUCUUCAGAUCCAACAAACGGAGAUAACGUGGGUAAAUCAAUUGCGAUCAUCGUAGGAGUCAUUGCUGGAUUCGCAAUUCUUGUUAUCCUCCUCUCCCUCUGCAGAAACAACACGCAUUGAUAUAAAGAAGACACGAUUCGAGAUAAAAGAUUCAAGUGGGACUUUUUUUUUAAUUCGCUUAUGCUGUAGGAACAUAUCCGUUACCUUGUUGAUUAUUUUUGGUUGAUCAAAAGGAAGAAAAAAACUCGAAGUGGCCAACAUAGUCUCUCAUCUAGCUAUGAUGUAUAAUUAAUAAUUUGAUUAGUGACCCGUAGUGUCUGCCUUGAAAGAUGAUAGCUUUAUUCCAUAAAAUAGUUAUAGGCUUACAUA